CAAAGCUGGCAAAACUGUCUAUGACUUCUGCUGAACCUAAUGAAAACAGCCAUGGAUAUAUCUAACAGGAAAGAAGUGUUCCAGGCUAAAGUACUUCAAAAACUUUACCGUACUCCGUCAAAGGUUGAAAAGAUCCAGGAUCCUAACAAUACUUCAUGGACCUCUGAACCAAACACCAAAAUAAAUAAAAAAGUACAGCCUCUCACAGGCAAAGUGACUGGUGAUGGAGGGAAGCCAGCAUUAGCAGGACGGAGACUCUACACUGUGCUUCCACCUCCUGAUGAUUUCAGAGCCACCAGUGGACAGGAAACUGCCACACUCCCUGAGCUGGAGCCCGUACACAGUGCCACAGACCCGGAUGAUGCAGAUGUCUGUCAAACUAAUGAAGUGGAAGUGAGAAAGAGAAAGCGAAGGAGAAAGAAGAAGGCAGCCUCAGUUUUAGGAGAGGGACCUCUGCCUGAGAGAACCAACGUGCAUAAUUCUGAGAGGACUGUGAGCUCUCCAGCAGGGGGCGGUAUACAGGGAGAAACAGCUGUAACCAGUCAGUGUACGGAGCUAAACUCCACAGAUGGCCCAGAAAGACUAAGCAGAAAUAAGAAGAGAAAACUGAAGAAGAAAAGACAUAAAGAGAAGCUCUUGGCUCUGGGACUCGUACCUCGUGCUACAGCUCUGGAGUUCACCUACAAACAAAGCAGAGAGGAGGAUGAGUUGAAAGAGGAAGAGAAAAGAGAGCAAAGAACCGCAGAGGUGCUGGACUUCCUCAGAACCACUCAGAGGAUCUAUAUCUCAGACAACACAUCUACUGCAGAUAGACCACUUCUGUGCCCUGACACAGUGGAAGGGCUCUUCGUUAGGCUUUCUAAUGGGACAAUGCCCGACAUAGAGCUGGCCAGACUUCACAGCCUGAAGGUUCGGGUGCAGCGGAAGGAUGCAGAGCAGCUGGCUGCAGCUGUGGAGGAGUUUAAGCACAGCUCCUCUAUGGCUCCUGUCAAUGCUGCUGCUGUAUGUGUUUAUUCUCUCUGUCUUGUCUCCACAGAAGAGACCUCUGUCGUCUGUGCUCUUUUUCGCUACUGGAUCACUGAAGUCCUUCCCCUGGAAACAGGCAUGGAUACAAAACAACAAACAGCUUAACCUCUAUCUGGAUUGAGUUCAACAAGGACAAUGAGUCAAACCAAGAAUACCUGUUUU